AACAAGAACAAGACAAUGAGCUUCAACAACAGCAGGACGACCAUUAACACCACAAGAAGGACCAGCACUACCAUUGUAACAGCACGGGCACGAGCACGAGCACGAGCAAGAGCAAGGGCAUUGACAGCAUCGACACAAGCAAUAUCACGAGCGCUGACAACAAACUCAUUAAGAGCAACCAUAUCAAGGGCACCUACACCAGCAAAAGCAACCAUACCAACACAACUGCCAACAACACAAGAAACAGCAGCAGCAGAAACGGCAGCAACAGAAAUGACAGCAACAGAAAUUGCAGCAACACAGAUUGCAGCACGAGAAACGGCAGCAACGGAAAGGGCAGCAACAGAAACACAAACGGCACAACUAACAGUAGCCUCAUCAACGACACAAGCACCAUGGUCAACACCACCAGCAGCAGCGACGCUAACCUGUUCAACGGCAGCGACAGAAACACUACCACCUCACUCACCCACACCAACAACAACAGCUCUGAGACGGGAACUGCAGCAGCAUGAGCACCCAAAACAGCGCAGACAUCAACAACAAACACAGAAACACUGCCACCUCCACUUAAUGAGUAUUACUUGCGUAUAGUAGUCACCUGUAUCACAUGUAAUAUCACAAUAAGAAAUAAAUCA